AACUGCCGUAUCUGUAUAACAACUCACUCUCCUUUCCCGUGAAGUUUGAUUUCUCAGUCGCUUUGACAUCUUUGUGAUCACUCCAAUCCUCGCUUAUUCAACAGAGAGAAUGGCGGAGCACUUAGCGUCGAUAUUCGGGACGGAGAAGGACAGAGUGAACUGUCCUUUCUACUUCAAGAUCGGCGCAUGCAGGCACGGUGACCGAUGCUCUCGUCUUCACACCAAGCCCAGCGUCAGCCCCACUCUCCUUCUUUCCAACAUGUAUCAGCGCCCUGACAUGAUCACACCAGGUGUCGAUGCUCAGGGCAACCCGAUCGACCCUCGCAAGAUCCAAGACCACUUCGAGGAUUUCUAUGAGGAUUUGUUUGAGGAACUGAGCAAUUAUGGUGAAAUUGAGAGUUUGAAUGUCUGCGACAACCUUGCCGACCACAUGGUAGGAAAUGUGUAUGUGCAGUUUAGAGAGGAAGAACAUGCUGCUAAUGCUAUCCGAAAUCUAUCUGGGAGAUUUUACGCUGGUCGUCCCAUCAUUGUUGAUUUUUCUCCUGUGACGGACUUUCGUGAAGCAACUUGUAGGCAAUAUGAGGAGAAUGCGUGCAACCGUGGUGGUUACUGCAAUUUCAUGCACCUUAAAAGGAUCAGCAGGGAUUUGAGGCGACAGUUAUUUGGGAGGUAUCAUCGAAGGGGUAGCCGCAGCCGAAGCCGAAGUCCUUAUAGACAUCGUAGCUAUGAAGACCACUCUCACGAGCGCAGUAGAAAGUAUGAUGACAAGCAUCACUACUCUGAAAGUAGGAGGCGGCACAGGAGCACAAGCCCUAGUCAUAGGAGAGGGCGAAGCAGAAGCCCAGGGAGGCGGAACCACAGCCCAGUCAGGGAAGGUAGUGAGGAGCGACGUGCCAAAAUUGAAAUGUGGAACAGGGAAAGAGAAGACCGAGAGGGUGCUGAUAAGAUCAAGCACGAUAAUGGAAAUAAUAAAGCUGAAGGUCGAGACGAUGUGUACAUGCAAAAUGGUAAUCAGUACCAUGGAUAUCAGCAGCAGCCACCACCACAACAGGAAGGAUAUGGACAUUAAAGCCAUAUAGUUUACCUGGUUCUGGUGACCCUGCUUAUAAGGACUGAGCCUAUUUUAAUCACAGCGUACCAUGAAAAUUGUGUACAGGUUAUUGGUUGCUUUUCAGAGGAUUGGUUUACAAGACCAUUCAGACUAUAUUGAGGAAUAACCAAGAUAAUUACUCGAGAUCUUAUUUGGUUCAACCAUGUAAGUCAGCUAUUAACUACUGUUUGGAAUUAUUGCUGGUUAUCUUCUGUUUUGCCAGACAAUCUCUUUUUACUUGUUUCCUUUUUUGAAACUUGUUGGACUACCAAUUAUUUUAACUUGGAUGGCUUUGUUGUACGAAUUUGGGCAAUGAAUUGUUGCUAUAAAUAUUGUGUUCGGCUUUUGAUCGUG